AUUUCGAAACAGUUUAUUGUGAACAGUUUGUCCAUCGUUCUUGCAAUUUUACAAAAACAAAUAAAUAAGUAAUCAAAAAUGGUACUUACACAUAGUGAACAGGAUGCAGAAGCAACAAACUUUCCAGUUAAAAGUGUCGGUGGACCUCGAGGAUUAGGCGAUCCAGAUGAUCGUAAGCUACGUAAAGUUGAAAAGGAAGUGUUGAUUCCCAAAAUCAUGCGUGAUAAAGCAAAAAAAGAAAAAUGCAUCGAAGAAGUUGCGGCUUUUGAAGAGUGUUGCAAAAAUGCUUCAGUGUUUAUGGUAGUGAAAUGCAGAGAUCAGAAUGAAAAGCUUUGGGGAUGUCUCACGAAAUGGUACAAAGACGAAAAAUUCAUUGGGGAAUGCACAGAAAUAUAUCUAAAGGAAAGAUCAGAUUUUAGGAGGACAGGAUUACAGAAGAAGUAUCGCGAUUACCUGAAAAAUCGAGAUGAUAAGCACUCAGAGGAAUAA